AUGAACCACAAGAACGAGCGGGAAUUGGUGAUACUACAGUUCACCACUUCAGGAAUUUCUAGAAGAAAUUUCGAGAAUCAACUACUUCAGGAAUUUCUAGAAGAAAUAUCGAAAUUCGACCACUUCAGGAAUUUCAGGAAAAUCAACCACUUCAAGAAUUCACUCAAGCCCAGUCCAAUUCUUCCACUCAAGGCCGGUCCAGCCAAGGCCAAUCCACACAAGGCCAGUCCACCCAAGGCAAAUCCACACAAGGCCAGUCCACCCAAGGCCAGCAAUUCUUCCAAAGCAAAUCCACUCAAGGCCAGCAAUUCUUCUAAGGCCAGUCCACUCAAGGUCAGUCCACCCAAAGCCAGUCCACCCAAGGCCAGUCCACCCAAGGCCAGUCCAUCCAAGGCCAGUCCAUCCAAGGCCAGUCCACCCAAGGCCAGUCCACCCAAGGCCAGUCCACUCAAGGCCAGUCCACCCAAGGCCAGUCUAUUAUGGCCAGUCCAUCCAAGGCCAGUCCACCCAAGGCCUGUCUAUUAUGGCCAGUCCAUCCAAGGCCAGUCCACCCAAGGCCAGUCUAUUAUGGCCAGUCCAUCCAAGGCCAGUCCACCCAAGGCCAGUCCACCCAUGGCCAGUCAACCCAAGGCCAGUCCACCCAAGGCCAGUCCACUCAAGGCCAGUCCACCCAAGGCCAGUCCACCCAAGGCCAGUCUACCCAAGGCCAGUCCACCCAAGGCCAGUUCACCCAAGUCCAUCCAAGGCCAGUCCACCCAAGGCCAGUCCACCCAAGGCCAGUCUAUUAUGGCCAGUCCAUCCAAGGCCAGUCCACCCAAGUCCAGUCCACCCAAGGCCAGUCCACCCAAGGCCAGUCCACCCAAGGCCAGUCAACCCAAGGCCAGUCCACCCAAGGCCAGUCCACCCAAGGCCAGUUUAUCCAAGGCCAGUCCACCCAAGGCCAGUCCACCCAAGGACAGUCCACCCAAGGCCAGUCCACCCAAGGCCAGUCCAUCCAAGGCCAGUCCACCCAAGGCCAGUCCAUCCAAGGCCAGUCCACCCAAGGCCAGUCCACCCAAGGCCAGUCUACUAUGGCCAGUCCAUCCAAGGCCAGUCUACCCAAGGCCAGUCCACCCAAGGUCAGUCCACCCAAGGCCAGUCUACUAUGGCCAGUCCAUCCAAGGCCAGUCCACCCAAGGCCAGUUAACCCAAGGCCAGUCCACCCAAGGCCAGUCCACCCAAGGCCAGUCCAUCCAAGGCCAGUCCAUCCAAGGCCAGUCCACCCAAGGCCAGUCCACCCAAGGCCAGUCCACUCAAGGCCAGUCCACCCAAGGCCAGUCCACCCAAGGCCAGUCCACCCAAGGCCAGUCCACCCAACGCCAGUCCACCCAAGGCCAGUCCACUCAAGGCCAGUCUACUAUGGCCAGUCCAUCCAAGGCCAGUCCACCCAAGGCCAGUCCACCCAAGGCCAGUCCAUCCAAGGCCAGUCCACCCAAGGCCAGUCCACCCAAGGCCAGUCCAUUCAAGGCCAGUCCACCCAAGGCCAGUCCACCCAAGGCCAGUCUACCCAAGGCCAGUCCACCCAAGGCCAGUCCACCCAAGACCAGUCCAUCCAAGGCCAGUCCACCCAAGGCCAGUCCACCCAAGGCCAGUCCACCCAAGGCCAGUCCACUCAAGGCCAGUCCACCCAAGGCCAAUCCACCCAAGGCCAGUCCACUCAAGACCAUUCCACCCAAGGCCAGUCCAUCCAAGGCCAGUCCAUCCAAGGCCAGUCUACCCAAGGCCAGUCCACCCAAGGCCAGUUCAUCCAAGGCCAGUCCACUCAAGGCCAGUCCAAUUCUACCAAUCAACGACUGCCUGAUGUUCCUGCACCUGCUGGUCGCCGCCAGUGCCUGCACCUGCCCCUCCUGCCACCAGACCGACAUCAAACAACGCUGUGAGUGCUGCGUCUACCGCCAGCUCGGGAAACGAUCUGGACAUCUCCCUUUAGCUCCUUUAGCUCCCUCAGAUCAGCAGCAGCCAGACCAAAUGGAAGUCGACGAGCAGAAAUUUGUGUUUAACUCCCUUGCUGACGCCGGCAGCCGUUACCAUAGAGACGGACCGGAACUCACAAGCGUGGUUAAGAACGAUAACCACAACGCUUUGCUGAAUGAAUCAGCAGGAAUCGACGCUUUAGAAAGACUGAUACUGAUGUAUCUUGCAGCUAAACCGCAAGCUGAGAACACUGUGUAG